AUUCUACAAAAGGGUAGACAAAUAACAGUGUCUACACACUACGGAUUGGACUACUCUUCUGAGGUAAACGUUUACAAAGAAAGACGGUUGUUCCCUCGCCCCUGCCACUUCAGGCCAGUUUUUGGCCCCGAUUAGCGCUGAACACCUGUUGCUUACUGCUUAGACUAUGAAGGGCGACGCUUCAAACAUCUACAAAUGGGUGGUAGACGACGUGGUGGCUGGGAUGGCGCCCGAGUUUCAGGCCGCCAACGUAGACGAGUCGGUGCUCAUGGAGCUGAAGCAGAAAUGGGAGGAUAAGCUUAAGCAGCAAGGACUUAUUCAUGAUCAUGACACGGGCGAUGACUUUCUUGGGCUUCAUAUGCAGCGCGGUGGUGCAGCUGGUCACGGCGGUGGCGAUGAUGAUGACGACGGCCAGCAGGCUGGGCCUAGCAGCUACCUCGGGAAGCGCAAGCAGCCGGAUACAAUCUCAUUGCCCCAAGCGUUGGCAGCCAACGCCCCAGCCAUGCUCGCACAGCAGUUCUUGGUGGCCUUUCAGCAGCACGCGCUGCAGAUCCAACAACAGCAGCAACUCCAGCAGCAACAGGCGCAACUGCAGCAACAGCAGCAGCAACAGCAACAACAACAACUCCUGCAACUUAAACAGGAGCAGCUGCAACACCAGCAGCAGCAGCAGCAUCCCCAACUUCACCGCCCCCAGCUGGCCCCGCAGCCGCACCUCCAGCAACAGCAGCCCCACCACAACGCACACCUGAUGCAACCGCAACAACACCCCCACCCGCACCCACACCUCCAGCUGGCCCCCCAAUCUCACCUACCGCAACCCGCAUCCCUCAUGCAGCCCCAGCCCCAGUCGCAGCCCCCUCCCUCCCAGCCCCAGCAGCCCUACUCCUUCUACCCCCCUGGAGUCAUUCCUCAGCGUGAUGGCGACGACGGCGCCGGAGAUGCCGGCGAUGACGCAGGACCGGGCACACAGGGGGGCGGCGCGGGCGAGGGUGGCGAGGGCGAGGCGUCUCCCGAGGGUGAUGAAGUGCUUUCGGAGGACGAGCACGAGGAGAACGAUGAGGACGAGGUAGUUGAGAACCUCAUGAUUGGGCAGUUUGAGAAGGUCAACAAGAUGAAGAACCGAUGGAAGGUGGCGAUGCGCGACUGCGUGUUUCACAUCAACGGCCGGGACUUCCUGUUCAAAAAGUGCAAUGCGGAGUUCUCUUGGCAGUAGGGCGGUUGGUGGUUGGCCAACGGCGGUUGGUAUCCCUGGUUGUUAAAGUGGAGCGGCAGUACGGCGUUAAUGAGGAGACCAUAGUCCGUGGAUGACAAGUUUAGGGCGUAGGAGAUGAGGGAGGGAGCGGCAGCAGGGUAGGACAGCAGCAGGGCAGGGGAUAAGGAAGGACAGGUUUAGCAGGACAAAACAGUGGGAGUUGCUUCUGUAGAAGUGUAUAGGGUUGGCAGGUUGCGUUGCUGGGUAUCUUGGUAGUUACCGCGCACCCCUGAGUUGGGUAUCACAUAACACAUGGAGGCAGGUGAUUGUCCUAAGCAGAAGAGUGUGGUAUGAGCUUUUUUCUGGUAAAGACAAUAUUCCGACAGUGAUGUAGGGGAUUGAGAGGUUGUGCAGUAAGGGGCGCGAGCUUGGAACAUACGGGGCAAAGGAGGGAAUAAACACUUGGAUUUGGGUCCUUUGAGUGGCCCGACUGCGGGGAGGGAAGUUGGAUUAGUGAAGGUAGAGCAUGGCCUAUCAACGGACAUGAAGACGCAUAAAGGGAGGAGCCAUGUUUGGUAGGUUGUGUAAGGGCGGUGGUAGGUAGUGCCGUGUGACUUGUUGGAUAUCGGUAUGCAUUGCUAGGCAUCCUGCGAAUUGAUGAUCCGUUCUACAUCGAAUAGCAAUUGCUCCCUUGCGCCCUGAAGCAGCGGGUUGUAAGAGUCGGACGCUGUGGUGCAGGAUGGGCAGGAUGCUGUGCGUACUGGUCGUAAAGGACCGUUAGCGUCCAACACAAGACAUAGGGAUAUAUGACAUUUUUCUUCAAUUUCCAUACAUGUAUGUGUUGUUGGCUUGCACUGGUCGCUGUCAGCCGCAGGUUGCCACACGGAUGCUCGUACGGAUUAGGCCCUGGGAUUUUGGUUACCUUGGUUCUGCUGUCCUUGCAACUGUAAUUGUGCGUUCCUAUAUGGAUACGGUUUGGUAGAAGUUUAAAAUUGGCCAGGUUACAGCGAUAAGCACCUUGUAACAUGCUAGUUCGGCAAGGCGACGUUGGUCGGAUAGUGCAAAGCACGUCACAGUUACACCCAGCUGCGCAUCCAUUUAGGUGUUUGCGACCAUUACACCGGAGGGCCGCAGCGGCCACGGCAAAUGCGCAUUCGGACGUCGCUUCAGAGGCGGUGCUCGUAACAAACGCGCGUGUUGCAGUUCAAUCUAAUCCUCGAGAAGUAUACCAGAUAUGCGAGGCUCCAUGCUGUUCAACAUCCGCUGCCAGCGCGGCGCAAGGGGCACCGAGCGUCGACCCAACUGUCUUGGCAGCCCUCGCCGGGCUAGGUCUGACCGCGUUCGCGCUGAAGCGCAUAUUCGACACCCCUUCCCGGAAAUAUGAUAACAACGUGGGAAAGGAGUACGACGCGUGGACGGAAGAGGGCGUCCUCGAGUAUUACUGGGGCGAGCACAUACAUCUCGGCUACUACUCGGACGAGGAGCUAGCGCGUGGCUACUUGAAAAAGGAUUUCAAGCAAGCCAAGUUUGACUUCGUUGACGAGAUGUUGAAAUUCAGCGGUGCGCAAAACCCCAAGACCAUCCUGGAUGUGGGCUGCGGCUUCGGCGGGACCAGUCGCCAUCUGGCCAAGAAGUUCAGGGACGCCAGCGUCACCGGCAUCACGCUGUCAUCCAAGCAGGUGCAGCGGGGCAGUCAGCUGGCGGAGCAGCAGCGGGUGACCAACGUGAACUUCCAGGUAAUGGACGCGCUGUCCAUGGACUUCCCGGACAACUCCUUCGACCUGGUGUGGGCCUGCGAGAGCGGGGAGCACAUGCCGGACAAGAAAAAGUACAUUGAGGAGAUGACGCGGGUGCUCAAGCCGGGUGGCACACUGGUGAUUGCGUGCUGGUGCCAGCGGGAGGCGGAGACCCACGGGUCGGCGCCCCUCAGCGAGCAGGAGAAGCGGGAGCUGCAGUUCCUGUACGACGAGUGGGCCCAUCCGUACUUCAUCUCCAUCCAGGAGUUCGAGCGGUUGAUGAAGGGCACGGGGACGCUGCAGGACGUCUCCGCCGCCAACUGGACGCGCAACACGCUGGCGUCAUGGCGGCACUCCAUCUGGGUCGGCGUGUUCGACCCGUGGGUCGUUGUGCUUAAGGGGCCGCGCAUCUGGUACAAGACGGCGAGGGAGAUUGUGACGCUGGAGCGCAUGCACCAGGCCUUCGCGAAGGGCCUAAUGGAGUACGGCAUGAUGACCGCGACCAAGAAGCCGCUGCCGCCUGCUGCUGCUGCGGGUGCGGCGGCGGAGGGGGCGGCGGCGCCUGCUGCUGCAGCGGCGGUUUGAAGCAGGAGGCAACAUCACAAGGAGGAACAGCAACAACAGCCGUGACAGCAACAAUGACAGUGGCGACAAGCGGCUGCUGCAACAGGAACAGUACAUAGUAGCCGGUAGUAGCAGCUCUGGCUCUGUUAUGCCGUGUGGCCUUUUGGUCGUAUGACCUGGGAACGGGAGCAUUAGCGUGUAGCGGUUAUACGGUUGAGCGGUCAAGUGGUUCCGGUAGCGGUUACAGUCGUGUAAUGCCCAUGGGCGUUCCGGUAGAUGAAGGGCUUUCGGUUGAUGUCGUUAUCGUACUCUUCUACUUGUUGUGCAUGACCGUACUGAACGGCUGUCGUACGACUGCGUGGUUGCCGUACGACGUACUACACAGGACGCCCGGCACGGUGUGUACGAGAUCUCCUAACGGUAGCGAUGGACGUUCUGACUUGGCAUGUGAUGUGGUGAUGCAGUGGUGUUUCGAUGGGCAGUUUUGGUAUCGGGAGAGUGGAGCGACAUGGAGAAGGAAGGACGAGAGGGGGAGAGAGAUGAGUGACGUAUGCAGCAGGCAACGAAGGGUUUGGAGAGGGGCGAGGAGGAAGACAACACUACAAGUUGCUUCAUCAGGUUACACUCUUGCAUGUAGUGCCAUGUGAUGUUAGCUUGAGAGCCGCGGACGGAAGGGGCGGAGUGGGAACUGUUGAGAGGGUUACGAUUUGAGUGCUUUGUGCUAGGCUUGGCAUGGUUCUGAAGCCUGCCUUCGGCCUGUUGCUGGCGAUCUGGUAGGAGAUGGAAGAAGCCCGGUGGUGCGUGCAAGGUACAAUGCUUGGUACGGAGGAGCCAGCUUGCCGUACGGUCUGAUUGCCGUGUUGAAAUCCACCGAUGCGAGCUUUUCGCGUGCAAACCUGGUGACACGAUCAGGCCCCCUGGGUUGCAGCGGUCCCGAGAGGAAAGCGGCCACUGCAGUUGGCUACGAGCCUACUUGGGCCUGUGUUGAGCGCGACCCGAGGGAGCUGAGUGGCGAAGGACUAGCUGAGGGCUUGAUACAACGCAGGCGUGCAUAAGUUCAGUCCUGCAUCUUAUACCCGUCGACGGUGCAGAUACAUGUAAGCGUAUCGGGCAUGUCGGCAAUGUUUGGCAAAUUUUAUGUGUGGGCGUAGUAGUCCAGUGGCGCAUUCCGGGCGCGUAAAUGCAUGCGCCACUGGGCUGAGAGUACAGGCGCGCGGGCAGGGAAUGGAAAGAGAGGACAGGGGUUUGCGUUGUGUAGGGAACAUUGUGUAGGAAAAGUGAGUGUUGAACUGAGGGGCGCUACUGGCCAGCGGAUUACUGGUAGCAGCUAGCAUCCGUACGGAACUCAGUUGGCCAUUAAGCGUGAAUGCAAAUCACGGAACGUCUGAAACCAAACCCAC